AUGAUUCUCCCACGGCGCGCAGUUCUUUUCCUCGGCUUAAGCUUCUUCCUCAUCCUCUUCUACACGGCCCAUCAGCUUUCACAACCAUGGCGUAAUUACUCCCAGGCUGUGGGCCUCGGAGAACACGUGUUUUCCUCUACGAAUUGGACAGGGUCGUUCAAUUUCACCACAAGCCAUGGCGGCAAGUCCGCCUAUGCUCCUCAACCCAAUUUCGUGCCGGGAACCGCCAAACCACUGGGGUACAACUAUACCAAGACGCUGGUUGUGGCUCGAAUCAAAUCGGAGGAUACCACUUGGAUCGGGGAAGAACUGCCAGAUUGGGGCAGUGCUGUCUAUGUCGCUGACGACCCGAAAGCACCCCUCCACCCUCCCCAAAACAAAGGCCAUGAGGUCAUGGUCUAUAUAUCCUAUAUAAUCGACUUUUACGAGAACCUCCCUGAUGUCGCGGUCUUCAUGCACUCGCACCAGGAAGCCUGGCACAAUGAAGAUUUGUUCGAUCGCGAUGCGGCGGAGAUCCUCCGGCAUCUCAGCCUCGAUCGUGUGACACGACAGGGAUACAUGAACAUCCGCUGCCAAUUUGGACCUGGAUGCCCUGCGUGGAUGCACCCCGGCGCUCUUAUAGAGGAUGAGACAAAGCAGGAAGAGGUGAUGCUAGCUCGAGCCUGGGGUGAACUGUUCCCCGACCAGCCGGUUCCAUCGGUUCUGGCACAGCCAUGCUGUGCCCAGUUUGCCGUGUCGCGCGAUCGAAUCCGCACCAUCCCGCGUGCCCGUUUCAUCUUCUACCGCGACUGGUUGCUCCAGACAGACCUUAGUGAUUAUAUCGCUGGCCGCAUUUGGGAAUAUCUUUGGCAGUUUGUUUUCACUGGUCAGCCUGUCGUUUGCGUGGAAGAAAGUGUCUGUCUCUGCGAUGGCUAUGGGGUUUGUUUCGGUGGCCCAGAUGAAUUCCAGGCCUACAGAAAUUUGGAAACCGAAAAAAACGAGCUCCAAACCCAGCUAGAUAGCUGGAUAUCUUGGGACGAUGAAUUCGACUUCGACGACGUGCAGGAUGACUUGGACGAAACCACGGAGCUGGAUGUGCCCCAUCUCAGUCGCAAGGCCAAGUUCGAACGUCUUGUUUUCGAAAAACAAGUGGCAGUUGCCGAUACCCUUGAAGCCGCUUUUGAACGUGGAAAGCACCCUAGGAACCGUGCUCUUGAGGCAGGCCGUCCCUGGAAGGAAGGCGAUGGCUUCUAG